UGCGAUAUUGAAGGGAAUAUUACUCUUUCAAUAAGCCAUUCAUAGUUUCACUUUCCUUCCUCCUCCUAUAAAGUAACAAGCAGCUGACUCACUGUGUUGUGUGCCAGCGGGCCUGUUGGAGUUUCGUUUAUUCUGAACUUUAGGUUUUGUUUUCCGUGGCUCGCAGCAGUGUUUGUGUCCGCUUUAAGUUUCGUUUCUGCGUCCCUUUAAAUCAUGUGUCGGUCCUCAUAGAGACACUGAGGCCGGCGUCAUGUUUACAUGGGGAGAGGACAGUCAGCGGGGCUUCAGGAUCAAAAAUGGCUCAAACAUCAGCGAGAGUCCAGCAGAGGACGGGGUCCAUCACCUCCAGCUGGGAUAUCACAUCACGGCUCUGUCUGCAGCUCACAGCCUGCUGGCUUUUAUCAAAAGGAAUGGAAACUCCUUCAUCAUCCGCACUAAUGAGAGUAAAGACGGCGGCAGAGUCCGAGGGAAACAAAAGUUUGUGAAGGAGUGUAAAGAGAAGAUCCAGGCUGUUAGCUGUGGUGAUGAUGUGGUCACACUGCUGUCUGAGAGAGGGAAAGUUCUCUGUGUGGACCCAACUCGUUCCUACAUUGCAAGGCCGCUGGAAGCUUUGUCUCAGAUAGCAGUUUGUCAGGUUGCUUGUGGGAGCCAGCAUUCAGUCGCCCUGACCAAAGAUGGUCAGGUGUAUACGUGGGGCCAGGACUCCAGGGGCCAGCUGGGUCUGGGGAAGAGGAAGCCUGGUACCAAUUCACCCCAACACCUCCGAUGUCUGUCAGCGAUCCCCCUGGUCCAGAUCGCUGCAGGAGGAGAGCAGAGCUUGGCCCUCUCUGUCUCUGGAGGUGUGUUCAGCUGGGGCAGGAACCACUGUGGACAGCUGGGCCUGGGACACAUGACAGACAGACAUACACCAACUCCUGUUCAUAACCUGAACAUGAAGAAAACCAUUCACAUUUCCUGUGGAAAGGACCACACUGCUGUUUUAACAAAGGAUGGAGCAGUGUUUACAUUUGGCUCUGGUCAGUAUGGACAGCUUGGCCACAACUCAUUCAGCAACCAGCCACGACCUCGGCUUGUUGCAGAGCUCUGGGGGGCAAAGGUCACCAAGAUUGCAUGUGGACGACAUCACACGCUGGUGAUGACAGACUCAAAGAGGCUCUACUCCUUUGGAUGUGGAGAGCAGGGCCAGCUGGGACAUGGAGAGGAGACUCAUCCCUCUGUGCCGCUACCUGUUCACCUGCCACAAGACACCACUGAUGAUCUGAACAUUAGAAACAUCUUCGCAGGAGGAAACUGUUCAUAUGCAACAUGCACGGCUAAUGAGGACAUUCAUGAGGAGGCUCACACCGACAGCGUCAACAAUGUCACACAGCAUUGUCUUGAUGAUGUGAUUGACAGAUGGACCUCAGAAUGUGAUCCAAAGUCAUGGAAAAAGAUUAAACAGGAAAUUCACAGGAUGUUUUCUUCUGCAUCCUGUUUGAAUGGCAGCUUCCUAAAGAAAAGCAAAGAUCAACAUUUCCAAACUUCACCAAAGUACUCUGGCUUGGACUUGUCACUAGCACGACACGCUUUCAAGAAACUGGUAAAGAAGGACCGUGUUUUUGCAGAGGUUGAGGCCGCUGUGCUGCACCUGCUCCCCUCUCUUGAGGAGCAGCCAGUGGGAGUGGAGGGCUUGAGGGUCUACCUGCUCCUCACUGAGCUCCUGCAUGUCAUCCAGAGACUCAAACGGCAGCAAAACAGCACAAAGCUUGCUGAGGCGGUUGCAGCUGCUGUACUAAACUUGUCAGCUGACAACCUGCAGAUCGUAGGAGACUGGUGGUCCUUAUUGUCACCUUCCACCAAGCUAAAACACAUCAAGGUGUGGAAGAAGGCCUUCUCAGUGAUCCUGUCCUCAGACCCUGUUCCUCGCAACUCUGGAGUCAGAAACCUGCUUCUAAUCCUCCAGUCCAUGUACAACGUCAACAGCAGGAGUGCAGAGCCUCAAAAGUUGCCAGAUAGUGAUUUUUGUUUGUUGAUUGACUCCUUUUUCAUUGAAGACGACCUGGAGCAUUGGCGGCAGUCACAGCGCAGGAAUGCACAUGCUCAGCCUCUUAUCCUCUGUAGCUUUCCCGCUCUGAUGGAUCUGGAAUCAAAGAAAUUUGCGUUUGACCUGGAUGCUACAUACUCCAAGGAGGAAGCAAGUUGUCCCAACCACCUGUUCUGGGAUUUUUGGAGUUUUUUUCUCCCUACCCCGUCACUUCUCUUCAAACUGGCCCUGAGACGAGCAUCAGUGUUGGAAGACACCUUUAAAAUACUGGCUGCUGCUCCACAGAAGCUUUUCAAGCUUCCACUUUUGGUCGUUUUUGAUCGCAGCUAUAAAGAGGAUGAUAGACCACUCUACAUAAAGGACUUUUUUUAUGAUGUGUUCCACGAGUUGGUGUCAGCUGAAUCAGGGAUGUUCAUGUUCAACGACUCCAAAAGGCUGGCAUGGUUCCCCUCUAACGCAAAACAGGAGGAGCAGAAAUACUUCCUGUGUGGAGUUCUGUGUGGAUUGGCUUUGUACCACCAGCACAUCAUCCACUUCCCCUUCCCCUUGGCUCUGUUCAAGAAGCUGCUCGGUGUAAAGCCUUCACUACAGGACAUGAUAGAACUCAGCCCAAGUGUGGGGAGGAGUCUGCUGAACAUCCUAAAAGACGAAGAUGAAGACACGGGUUUGGACUUUACAAUCUUCUGGGAUGGGGCAGAGGUUGAACUUGAUCCUAAAAAUCCUGGAAAGCCAGUGACAGGUCAAAACAAGAAGGAGUUUGUGGACGCCUAUGUGCAUCAUGUCUUCAACGCGUCAGUGGAGGGUGUGUUUCACGAGUUCAGGCGAGGCUUCUUCCAGGUGUGUGAGCGGGAUUUGGUGAAGCUGUUCAAGCCAGAGGAGCUGCAGCAGGUGCUGGUGGGCCAAGACUUCACUGACUGGGCAAAGCUGAAACAGAACACAGAUUAUGAGGGGGAGUACCAAACCAGCCCACCACACCCCACCAUACAGAUGUUCUGGGAGGUUUUUGAUGAACUAACGGAGGAUCAGAAGAAAGCUUUCCUUUGGUUCGUGACUGGUUUUGAUAGGGUGCCUAUAGUUGGCAUGGGAGACAUCAAGAUGAAAGUCAAAGUGAAAAAAGCCCAGGACCUCUCCUACGACCAGGACAAUCCUGAGACACACACGUGUUUCUCAACGCUGGAGCUGCCCUUGUACUCAACCAAGGAGAUCCUGAGAACCAAGCUGACUGAGGCCCUGAGCAGGAACAGGAAACUCAGGUGCAUCGGGACUGGACUGUGAACUAAAGACUAACUUUAUAAUGGAGCACUUUAUAAAUGUCAGAGCAAGGAGCAGCCUCUGUAGCUCCUGAUAGUGAACCUGUGUGUUAGACAUGAAGGGUUUGAAAUGCUUUCAUGAAGAUGACGUGUGAGGUGGGAUGAUGCAAACAUUUUGGCAAUGGUUUCAACCUCAGCUCCUAUAACAAGUCUAUAAUAUAUAUAUAUAUAU